AUGACAUUCAUCACCAUCCCCCGCCUGUCCUCUGCCUCGUCUUCGGCCACUACCUCCCCCCUCGCCUCGCCUACCACGGGGCAUCAGGACCGCCUCAACGCCUUCCUCACUGCCUUUGAGGCUGGGACACAUGCCUUUUCUCGCGGCGACGAGUGGGCCGACGGUGCGCGCGUCUCAAAAUCCAAAUCCAAAUCCAAAACCAAGCACGUCGCCGCCCUCGCCACCCCUCAACAACCGGAGCAGGCGCAGGAGCAGUCGCGCCGCCCGUCGUGGGCCAACGCACUCUCUAUCCUACGCGACGAGCCGCGCCAUUUUGACCCCUCGCGCGACCCCAAGCUCCACGCCCUCAUCUAG